AUGGGCUGGCUCACUGUAAAAAGUCGUCGUAUUUACUAUCUGUCAUGCUAUUUUUAUAAAUUGUUAGAUAUAGGAAAACCUUGUUAUUUGCGUGAACUAUUCAUAGAGGAUUCUAAUUUACGAAGAUCUGAAAGACUUGCAGCGAAAAGAAAUAAUAUUAGUUUCGUAAUGCCUUUUUUUUUCGACCCACAAUAUGAAUCGCAAUUUAUUAAUACAAUUCCGCAACAAUCAUCAAAUUUUAGUUGCAAAAGUCGUGAUACUGGAUUUUACGCCGACAUUGAAUCAAAUUGCCGGAUUUAUUACACUUGCGACGAUCACGGGAACAAAUUUUCAUAUAAUUGCCCGCAAGAUACAGUUUUCAAUCAAGAAACCCUCGUUUGUGAUCACACAUAUCGAGUUGAUUGUCAGAAGUCUGCAAAAUUUAUCUUACAAGAUGUUAAAACGCAACAAAUUCAAGAAAAAGAUAUUGAAUUUGACAACACACAAAAUGCAAAUAAAUUUUCAAGAUCGUUCCGAAUAACACCUCAACCAUCGAUUUAUUUCUUAGCUCCUAAAGAUAAUAAUAAUAAUAAUAAUAAUAAUAAUAAUAAUACUAAACCAUCAGUUCCAAAAGAUCAAUCUAAUUCCGGCAGUAAUCAAGAUUUCUUCAAAAGUUCAAGAAACUCGCAAUUCAACAGAGGAAAUUUAUUUUCUUCCGUAAUAAAAUCAUCAUCUCAACCAACAUUAACUUCAAGUACAACAACUACAACAACGCGACCUCAAAUAAGAAGAGGCGACACCAAAAACUUUUCCUCUAAAAUUGAGAAUCAGAAAAUUUUCAGUUCUCAAAGAAAUAUUAAAAUAAAUGACACCGAAUUUCAGCAACCCUUUAGAACAACCACAAAAUCUUCAAUUGUUAUUGAUCCUUAUUCAGGAACUUUGAGAUCAAUACAAAAUAAUAAUAAAAUUUCUAAUAGUAGUACUAAGAAUCAAAAUAAUAAAAAAGAACAAUUUAUUGUUACAACUGUUCCGACAACGACAGCAGGAACGGAUUUUCCAAUUCCUAGUUUUGAAGAAUCAUUAUUUUCUGGAUUGAAUAAUUUUAAUGAUGAUGAUCCAUAUUACCCGCGAUAUACGACAAGCACAGAAGGAUACACAUUAGAAACAAUUGAGCAAACUCCAUUCUCCUUUACAACCCAGCGAAUUAGAACAACUAAUUUUAAAUUAAAUCUAGUGGAUCUCCUGCCGGAUUUGAAUUCUGUUGAAGAUUUAGUCGAUCGUCGGAAGCAUCUUUUUAUUCCUAAAACUAAAAAUAUUUAG